AUUGAACUUUAGAAGCCCUCGGAUCUCGAUGAAUUGAGGUUACCCACUGGUUACCAGUUACCCUUCCACUUCUAGUUCUACCACCUCUUCCACCGCGACUCAGGUCUCGUGAAUUGUCCAUACACGGUUGUACUUGAUUUCGCCUGCUGCGCGUAGCAAUUGCCUCGAUGAGUGCCGAGCAUGCAGAUAUGCCGCAUUACGCCAUAUGCACCCGCUGUGAACCUAACUCAUCUUCGCCCCCCUCUUGAUUUGCUCCCUCACCAGCUCGAGAACGAGGUCGAACAGCCAUGGACGCGUUGUAUAAGCCUCGCCAAAGCAAGCAGCCAAUCGUCGUCACCGCGUUAGCAACGCUCGCGGGCGCAUUUCUUCUGUGGCUCGUGUUUCUCAGGCCAGCAUCCACGCCUACAGCACCUGUGGUGACAAAGGGCGACUAUGGCGCAAGCGGCACAGUGACCCUCACCCAGACCGCGCCGGGAGCAAAGAUCACGAUCACCGGUGAAUUGCAGGGACUUGACCCGAGGGCAGAGCGAGGCUUCCACAUCCACACUGCGGGCGACCUAUCUUCGGGCUGUGCGUCUGCUGGCUCGCACUUCAACCCUCUCGGCCAGACCCACGGUGCUCCGACUGACGCCUCCAGACACAUCGGUGACCUGGGGAACAUUCAAAGCGAUGCACAGGGCGAAGCUAAGUUCACCAUCGAGGACUCGCUGGUGUCGCUGAAUGGCCCGUUGAGUGUCGUUGGUCGCGCUAUCGUCCUCCACGCGGGCACCGAUGACCUUGGGAAGGGGAAUAACGAAGAGUCUCUGAAGACCGGCAAUGCAGGCGGGCGUGCUGCUUGUGGUAUUAUCGGCAUCUCGCAGUGAGACGCCUGGACUGGCGGCAUUCCAUGAAAUCAAAGGUUUAAAUGCAAGUUGUACACGGAAGUGCUUGUAUGGAUCCUGU